AUGAAAAAAGGAUACAAAGUUACAGACGUAAAAAGAGAAAAAAAGAUCGGUGUUGCUGCAGAAAAUCUCCAAGAGUUAAUUGAAAAAUCGUGCAAAAAGUUGGGUUUCAAUGUCAGCUGCGCAGAUUGCCGGCUUUUCGUCGCUGAGGACGGUACCCAGGUGGACGAUGAUGAUUAUCUUGCAACUUUACCCCCUCAGACCUUAUUCAUUUUAUUAACCAGCAAACAAAAAAUGGUAACUGAUUUUGAGUACUACUAUAAUGUAAUUAGGUCUACAAAACAGGAUUAUAUCAACACUGGUGUCGCUGCUAAAGAAUUUCUUACCACAAACAUUCAGGAAAAGUUUAAAGUGUUCCAGAAGUAUAUAGCAGCUGCUGAUGAUGCUAAAACUAUGCUUAGUGAAAGAACUCAGGAUCCAACUUGGUUUGAAGGCUUAGAGCCAUCCGAGAAAACGAAGGAGCAAUCCAUGUGCAAACGAGUCAAGGAGAGGAUGCGCGGAUAUUUCUACAAGACCAAAAGCGCACUUCAGUCGUCAGACCUCUACGUGCACUCGAAGAGUGGGCGCGGUAAGAAAUUGAUCGAUCAGUUCCUACUAGAUCUUAGGAGGAUCCUCGAGUCGAACAGGCACAAUGAGGGCUACUUCAAUAGGAAGGCGCCCAAGGAUAUGCGUUUGUGCGCGGACGACGGGCUGUUUCUUUGCGGGGGCCUGUGGAGCGACGACAAAUGCAAUUACGGCGGCGAGCACGCGAUAAACCCGUACAGGAGCCGCGAGGAGCGGAUCAUAUUCCAGACCUGGAACCUCGACCACAAGAUCGAGCUGUCGCGCUCGAUCAUCCCCAGCGUACUGAGGGCAAUCGGGGCUUUGUACAACGGCGAAUUUCAGUGUGUCGCUUGCGACAGAUGGCGCGGCGACGGCGGAAUAGAAACUGACAGAUACUAUCUGCAGAUAUUCACGAGGGAGAAUUUGAAAUUGGUGCACAUAGUGUGCCAUUACAAGGGGAAACACGAUGUCGGCUCCGACAUGUUCACGGUUUGCGCGUCGUGCAUCGGAAAAUAUGAUCGAUUGAAUAAA